AAUCGACCAUCACCACCUUGCACAACCAAUAAUGAAGAACUCCAAGAAGAAGGGAGGCCCAGCCCCCAGGCGCAUCGCCGAUGCGCGAUUCGCCAGUUUCGAGAGCGAUCCUCGCUAUCGCCUGCCCUCGAAAAGGCAGGCGAAGACCACAAUCGACAAGCGGUUCUCACACAUGCUGAAGGACGAUGACUUCACAGCGACCGCCAAAGUCGACCGCUACGGCCGAAAAGUGAAGUCCGAUGCGAAGAAAAAGGCACUGCAGAGGCUGUAUCGGGAAGAGGGAGAAGAGGAUGAAGAUGAGGAUGAAGAGGACGACGAGGACAAGGACGAGAAUGAGGAUAUCGAGGUGGACGCUGACGACGUGGUGCAGCGGGAGCUCCUGGCUGCCCAUGCAAAACUCGACCCGGCUAGAGGUGGAGGUUUCGCAUCCUCAGACUCCGACUCCGACGAUUCCGACUCCGAUGAAGAAGAAGGCGGCGUGGAUACCGAGAAGAAGGGCGACAUGCAAAGGUUUCAGGACGAGCAAGCCGAUGCGGAAGUUGGAGAGGUUACGAAUCGCAUUGCGAUUGUGAAUCUUGACUGGGAUCAUGUCAAAUCAGCCGAUUUGAUGGCUCUAUUUUCCAGCUUCAUUCCGACAAGCGGCGGUAGAAUUGAGAAGAUCUCCGUCUUCCCCAGCGAGUUUGGCAAGGAGCGCAUGCAGCAAGAGGAGGUGGAGGGACCCCCCAAGGCACUUUUCAAGGACGAGGCACGGACCGAGGACUCAGAUGAAGAUUCGGACGACAGUGACGCAGAUAGCGAAGACGAAGACGACAAAAUCAAGAACGACCUGAUUCAGGAAGGUGACGACCAGGACUUCGACAGCGAUGCGCUGCGAUCUUACCAACUCGAUCGUCUUCGAUACUACUAUGCCGUCAUGGUUUGCUCAAGCCCAGCCGUGGCGCAAAACAUCUACGAAGCCACCGACGGACGAGAAUAUCAGUCAUCCUCCAACUUCCUCGACCUGCGGUUCGUGCCUGACGACGUGACGUUCGACGAUGAGCCCCGUGACGAGUGCGAAAAGAUCCCAGACUCGUACAAGCCGGUCGAGUUUGUGACAAACGCCCUGCAGAGCUCCAAGGUCAAGCUUACCUGGGACAUGCACCCCGAUGAGGUUUCUCGAAAGGAGUCGAUCAACCGCGCGUUUACUGGAAGCCGAGCCCAGAUUGAGGAGAACGAUCUGCGAGCUUACUUGGCGAGCGACAGUGAGGACGAGCAAUUAGACGGAGAGGCGCCCCAGGUUGAGGAAGCUGGCGAAGAUGAGCCCAAGCUGUCCAAGAAGGAACUGGCCCGACAAAAGAUGCGAGCGGCUCUGGGAUUAGGAGAUGAGCCAGCAGCCAAGUCCAAGGGCGGUCCCGUGGGCGAUAUGCAAAUCACCUUUACGCCUGCUCUGACAGAGGGCGCAGCCCCCAAGAAGACCGAGGCGGAGGAGACAACGCUCGAGAAGUACGUGCGAAAGGAGCGCGAGCGCAAGGAGUCGAAGCGCCAAAAGGCCCGGGCCAAGCGUGAAGGCAAGGAUUCUGAUGCCGAGGAGGUUGAGGAGGUAGAGGAGGUAGAGGAGGCACCUGGCGCUGACGAGGGUGACGAUCUCGGCUUCGACGACCCCUUCUUCACUGCCGAGGAGCCCGUCCGCGCGACCAAAGCCUCAGUCCGAAAGGAAGAGCGCCGCAAGAAGCGCGAAGCCCGCGAAGCCGCCGAGGCCGAGUCGACCGCUGAGAAGGCCCAGCUGGCCAAGGUCAUGGCCCAGGACGCCAACGACAACCAGGCGGACCACCUCGACCACUUCGACAUGAACGAGAUUCUCAAGGCGGAGAAGCUGAAGGGCAAGAAGGGCAAGGCCAAGAAGCGCGCCGAGGCCAAGAAAUCGCAGUCGCGCGGCGGCCUGCAGGAGGAUUUCGACCUGGAUGUUGCGGACGAUCGUUUCAAGGCCGUGUUCGAGAGCCACGAGUACGCCAUCGACCCGUCCAACCCCAAGUUCAAGGGCACCGAGGGCAUGAAGAAGCUGCUCGAGGAGGGCCGCAAGAAGAGGAGAGCUGGAGACGAGGAUGCCGAGGUGCCGCGGACCAAGAAGGCCAAGAAGGGACGGAGGUGAUGAUGGACAAUGGCAAGGUGGCGGUGUAAGGGAUGGGCUUUAGUAAUUUCAAAGGACAUCUGGAUGGCGUACAAAAUACAGCACUUGGUUGAUAAUA